UUUUAAAAGCGAGCGUCGAGCAAACACGCGCGCGUAGCAGGUAACUAUUACCCAAGCAUCUGGUUUACCACGCAAAUAUCAUUAUAACAGUGAUCGCGUUGUAGUGGCAGAUGUAACGUUAGCCGGUUAGUUAAAUCAUUCACGAUCGUUAUUUAUAAUACUUUUUUUGGCGUCAUUAUGCAACGUUAACUCUUCACCGCACCCCUAACAGGUUGGUGAAUGCAUAAAGCGAUCCUCUAGGCAGUUGUUCUGUCGUUAAACAGUCUAGAUAAACCUGUAUAACGCUUCGUUCGUUUAAGUUUCCCACCGCAAAGCGUCAGUCUGUUUACAUGACAACCACGAGCGCGCGUCACCAUGAACACACCUGUGUGAACAAAAGAGCUUUACCUUGGGCAGUGACUUUUUAAAUUAUUAUUAUUAUUAUACUUUUGAAUGUAUUUUGAGUGCAUCACAUUAAAGUUUCAAGGCCAUACACCGCUGUGACGAUGGAUUCUUCUACAAAAGAACGUAAAAGUCCUGAGCUGAGCCCGCUGCCCUCGGUCUCGGAGCGUCUGGCGUACCUGCGGCCGUCCCGCGAGCUGCUGGACUUCUACCGGCAGAAGGUGGCGCAGUUUGAUGGAGAACAUGACGACCUGCUGCAGAUGCUGGAGAAGUACAGGAGCACGGCGGAGGAGCAGCACAAGUUGCAGUGGGAGGUGCGUCAGCGCGAGGAGGAGGUGGCGGAGCUCCAGAACGCUCUCAGUGACAUGCAGGUGUACCUCUUCCAAGAGCGAGAGCAGGCUCUGCGUCUGUACGCCGAGAACGACCGCCUCAAGAUCAGAGAGCUGGAGGACCGGAAGAAGAUCCAGCAUCUUCUAGCGCUGGUGGGGCCUGAUCCCGGCGAGGUCACGUAUUUCCACCGCGAGCCUCCGCACAAGGUCACGGUCGCUCAGAAGAAGCCCCAGAGGUCUCACGAGGACUCAAAGGCGGCGAAACCCAGGCCUGCGUCGGUCAAAGGAAGCAGGAAAUCGUCCAAAGAAGGAGAAGAUGCCACAAGUUCAGAGCAGUGCAAGAGAGACAACCAGACGUUACUGCUGCAGGUGGAGGCGCUGCAGGCUCAGCUGGAGGAGCAGACGCGGCUGGCUAAAGAGCAGGUGGAGGCGCUGCUGGAGGACAGACGCAUUCAUCAGGAGGAGAGACAGGUACAGCACCAGCGCGACCAGGACAGAAUCACGGCCUUCACUGACAAACUGCAGCGCACGCAGAACCUGCUCUACGAGAGCACCAGGGACUUCCUGCAGCUGAAGUUUGAGAGCCGAGCUCACGAGAAGAGCUGGAUGCUGGAGAAGGACCGCCUGCUGCGAGAGCUGGACUCGUGUCAGGAACGGCUGCGAGAGGAGCGCGGUUUCCCCGAGCGUCCUCGGCCCGCAUCCGCAGACGCUCCGCUCAUCUCCCAGCCCCAACACGAGAGCAGCCACACGCACCGCGAGGAGAUCCGGCAGGCUUUGCAGGAGGAACUGAAGCAGGCUCAUAAACUGGCUGACAUGUACCGAGAGCAGUGUGUGACUCUAGAGACGGACCUGUCCCAGAUCAGAGAGGAGGGCGACGUGGGCCGAGAGAUCUUCAAAGAGCGCUCCGAUAAGAUGGCCAGCCGUCUGCAGCUGAUGACGAAACGUUACGAAGCUCUGGAGAAGAGACGGGUGAUGGAGGUGGAGGGAUUCAAGACCGAUAUCAAACUCCUGCGGCAGAAAGUCAAAGACGUAGAGAAAUAUCUCUUUAAAUUGACGCUCAACGUGGGCCCUGAUCAAGACCUGGCGGUUCUCCAUGAGGUUCGACAGACCAACAGCCGCACGGUGAAGGUCCAGAAUGAGCUGAAGAACCUGAGGGCCAAAAUCUAUAAACUGGAGAACGACCUGAGAUUCUGCUGAAGACCCGUGAAGAGGAACUCUUUAACAAUUCGGCCUCACACCGUGUUCUUUGGUCAAAAAUCCACUCGUUUUGAUGGUCUGGAGUAUGAAGAACGUCCGAGACUCGACGUGGGCCCCGAUCAAGGCCUAGCUAGACGCCGUAGAGUCGUAUAUCAGAUAAAUAAAGGUUGCUUUUUUUUUUUCUUUUUUUUUUUUGUAUUCAUUAUGAAAGUGAUUGAUUGGUCUGAGACAAUAACAAACGACAGCAAGGCCUGUGUUGUUGGGUUUUUAAAAGCUUUUUAACACCUGAAACCUCUCAAGACGAAAACAAUACUCAAAUGCUUGGACUGUACAUAUUUCAGUUGAUUAAAAACUAAAAAAUACAGAUGAAUCCGAAAACUAAAUAAAA